CUGGAAAUCUCGAUCAUGCACGAGGCUGAAGAUCGGCGCUGCGUUAUGAAUCAUAUGACUGCAACAAUUCCCAAAAACUUCCUGUUCGAGCACAACAGAGUGAAAACAAGAGAAGAGGAUUGAGUGAGUGUCUUGUCAAAGCAGGGGCACGGAGAAAAGAGUCUUGCUGGAGACAAUGUGCGUAAGCUGUGGAGAAUGGAGGAGCUGAUAGUUGACAGGAGAGUUGAGGACGAGAGGAGCUUGAUAAAGACGCCGUCUGAUGUCCAGGCCAGCGACCGAGAACAUGACUCGUCCACGUCCACGCGUCAGACCCGCUCUGUCCAGCGCGGCUCGCCAUGUUUCGUCUACACCCUGGCCUUCUUCUCGGCUCUGGGUGGGUUCCUGUUUGGCUAUGACACAGGAGUGGUGUCUGGAGCCAUGCUGCUGCUCAAGAGGGAGAUGAACCUCAGCUCUUUAUGGCAGGAGCUGCUGGUGUCCAUCACUGUUGGCGCUGCGGCCGUUUCCUCUCUGGCUGGAGGGUAUCUCAACGGGCUUUACGGCCGGAGAGUCUGUAUACUGCUCGCCAGCUUCAUCUUCUCUGCUGGAGGAAUCAUCCUGAGCGUCGCACACAACAAAGAGGUUCUUCUGUGUGGGAGGCUCACGGUUGGGCUCGGGAUAGGGAUUGCGUCUAUGACCGUGCCGGUCUACAUCGCUGAGGUGUCACCUUCUGAACUCCGAGGUCAGCUGGUCACCAUUAACACCCUGUUUAUCACCGGAGGGCAGUUCGUAGCUAGCGUGGUGGACGGGGCCUUCAGCUACCUGCCCCAUGACGGCUGGAGGUAUAUGUUGGGGUUGUCAGUUGUUCCUGCUGCGCUUCAGUUCCUGGGCUUCCUCUUCCUCCCAGAGAGUCCUCGCUGGCUCCUGCAGAAAGGAGAUACCCAGAAUGCUCGGCUGGUGCUCAGUCGAAUCCGCGGCGGUGACAAUGUGGAUGAAGAGUAUGAAAGCAUACGGCGCAGCAUUGAGGAGGAGAAGAUUGAUGCUGGAGAGGGUCCAGUGUUGUGGCGUAUCCUGACGUUCGCUCCAGCGCGGCGUGCUCUGAUCGUGGGUUGUGGCCUACAGAUGUUCCAGCAGCUCGCGGGAAUCAACACGGUCAUGUACUACAGUGCCACCAUACUGCAGAUGUCUGGAGUACAGGACGAUCAGAUGGCCAUCUGGCUGGCUUCUGCCACAGCCUUCACCAACUUCCUGUUUACUCUACUAGGUGUGUGGCUCGUGGAGAAGGUGGGCCGCAGGAAACUGACUCUGGGAAGCAUACUAGGUACUGCUGUAAGUCUGAUGGUUCUCGCUGCGGGUUUCCUGCUCUCGGCUCAGGCCUCUCCACCCGUGACCUUUCACCCCAAUGACCCCUCCCUCCACAACUCCACAUGCAUUACAUAUGGGUUCUGUGAAUCCUGCAUGUUGAAUCCAGAUUGUGGUUUUUGUUAUGGUACGAAUGGCACAGCCGUGGUUGAGUCGUCAUGCAUACCUGUGGACACAGCAAACACUGAAGCAGCUGCAGUGGGAAGGUGUUCCAAUGGCACCCAGGAGAGUGCAGGUGUAUUCUGGGCCUAUAACUAUUGCCCAACAUCUUACUCCUGGAUUGUUCUGCUGGGUCUCGUUCUGUAUCUGGCCUUCUUUGCUCCAGGUAUGGGUCCUAUGCCGUGGACGGUGAACUCUGAGAUCUAUCCGCUGUGGGCUCGGAGCACAGGGAACGCCUGCUCUGCCGGGGUCAACUGGAUCUGUAACGUCCUCGUGUCUCUGACCUUCCUUCAUGUGGCCCAGUACCUGACAUACUACGGUGCGUUCUUCCUGUACUCCGGUCUGGCUCUGCUGGGCUUCGUGUUUGUGGUGGGCUGUCUGCCGGAGACCAAGGGCCUGCGUCUGGAGGAGAUCGAGUCUGUGUUCGGGAGACAGCUGUGCAGCUGUGGAGCCGGUGGCACUCCCAGCGUUCAGUACAUCCGGGUAAACGGAGGAAACUACGGCUCUGAUGAAGACCUGAGUGAUGAUGAAUAGACCCUGAUGAAGAUGAUUCAUGGUGCGGGGAUGCUGUGCUUCUCAUUCCAGACAGUCAACGUUCUUGUUGACUCAUGUUUUAAAAUCAGUACACUGAUGCUUGAUAAACAUCAAGAUAUCAUCUGAUAUUUCUGCCGUGAUCAUAUUUGCACAUGUACAGAUGAGUAGUGUUAUAGGCAAAUGUGGCGUUUGCUUAAGUAAAGGCUGUCUGGAUCCACGAGAACAGGAAGUGAGAUCGCUAUCCAAAUAUGUGCUCUGCAUAAACUUUAUUAAACUGAGCAAAUAGACCGCGUAUAAGAGCUGUACAAUCAUCUUUCUCAAAUUCGGAUACUAAUCUUUUAAUGAGCAGAAUUUCAGUAUCGGUGAUAAUCGCGGCAAAUAAGAUUAAAUACAGCUUUAUCAUUUGUUAGUGUUUCAUUUACUCUGGUACUACACGCUAAACAUGUUCCUGGAUCGAAUUAUACAGGUUUUCUAUUAUUGGAAAGUCUUUCUACUUAGAAAUGCUGUGUCUUGUGCUGUUGUCAAAUGAUUAAUCGCGAUUAAUCGCAUCCAAAAUAGUUUUUGUUAGUAUAAUAUGUGUGUGUACUGUGUUUAUUAAUUGUGUACAUAUACACACACACACAGUACAUAUUUUGAAAAUAUUUACAUAUCUAUAUAUUCAUAUAAUUUAUAAAUAAGUACAUGUAAUAUAUAAAAAAAUAAUAUUUAUCUGAAAAUAUAUACAUGCAUGUGUGUGUGUACACGGUACACAUAGAUUUUGUAAACAACAGCUAUUAUUUUGGAAGCGAUUAAUCGUUUGACAGCACUGGUGUUUAAUUCAGUGCGUUACGUGCUGUUUCUUUGUGUUGGUGUUCUCAAUAUAAUACUCACAGUCAAUCAUAAUAAGAUUUAACUAUUGUUCCCAAGAAGACUCUGUGAAGUUGAAGUUGCUGCUGAUAAAUGCUGUAUUUGUACAUUUUCAGAUGAAUAAAUCUUUCUGAAUGGU